CAACUCUCCCCAGGGAGACAGCACAGGGUAAGACAUUAAGCACUGUUUAAGUUAGGAAAUUAUUUUAACCAGUUUCCUUGCCUUCUCUGUUAUUUUGUAAAUACUACAUUUUCUCAGAAUUUAAUGAGAUUUCAACACCCUGGUGUGUACUUUUUGAAAGGUGUAUUUACCUACAAAAAAUAGACAAGCCCUAUUUCCUGCCUUGCCGAGGAUCUACAAUCUGGACACUGCUAAAAAAAAAUUUCAGGGGAGGAUUGUCCACAAUUUGAGAGAAAAUGAGUGAAUACAAGAAAAUUGUUCUCCUAAAAGGAUUAGAGGUCAUGGAUGAAUACCAGUUUAGGACAAUCAAGUCCUUACUAAGAAAAGAACUAAAUCUAACUAAAAAAUUGCAAGAAGAAUUUGACAGAAUUCAGGUGGCUGACAUGAUGGAGGACAAAUUCCCACAAGAUGCUGGACUGAACAAACUGGCAAAAAUGUGUGAAAGCAUUAAAGAACUUGAAGGCCUUGCUAAAGAGCUUAAAACAGAGAAGGCAAAAGUUAAAAGUAAAAAUAAAGGAAAAAAUAAAACUUCAGUGAAUAAAGAAAAGCAAGAAGAACCCGGGGAUUCCCAAUCUCUUUCUACUGAUCAUGAAUCAAACAUGACUAAACCCUCUUCACAGAAAAAGAGAAAAACACCCACAAAAACUGCAGAUGGCAAGAAAAAGAAGCUCUCCCAGGAGACAACUCAGCUUCCAGAACCUUCAGGAAGCAACAUACAAAAAGAUGAAGGGUGUCUCCAGACUCCUCAAAAGCCUCCACCAACACCAUCCUCAAACAAGCAACAGAAAAAAACAGACACCAAAAAACAUAAUACUAUAAAGACAGAAGUUUCCAUGAAAAAACAACAGCUUCAAGAAUUGCCAGCAAAUAAUAUCUCCUCAGCUGCCAAUGAACUACAGACCUUUCAGGUAAUUUCAGCAACAGUUUCUAAAAGCCUCAAAACUCCUCAUGCACCUCCAGAAACAGGCUUCACUUCAAAGAUGCUUCAGGGCUCUCCAGCACAACCUUGCCAGGAUUUUCCAACAUCUCCAACAAACUCUAGCAUGCACCUUGACUCUCAUGUGCCUCUAACACUGUUCAGUGAUGUCCAGGCUUCUCAUGUACCUACAGCAACACCAUCCAGGAGUGCGUGGGUCUUUCACAUGCCUUCAGAAACAGUGUCCAGCUCUCUCAGUGCUCCUCAGACGUCUCCAGUAUCAGUGGCCAGCAGUGCCCAGAAUCUUUGCCCACCUACAGCAGCAGCAUUCAAUAGCGUGAAGCCUCCUCACAGUACUCAAAUAGUAGCACCCAGCAGUGUCCAAACCCCUAGAGUGCCUUCUGAAACAUUGAAAUGCAAAGCACAGCUCAUAAAGACUUCUCCAGCAACAGCCUACAGCAAUGUGCAGGUUCCCCAUGCUCUUCCAGAACCAGUGUCCAGAAAUGCCUGCACCACUCAGGUGCCUCAAAGAGCAACAUCCAGCAGCAUUCCGACUCUUAACUCCACUACAGUAAGAGCACCCAGGAAUACCAAGGCCCCAGGUCCCUCGGGAAUUGUAUCUGUUUGUUCUCUGUCUUCUUUGGCAUCUCCAGCAACAGCAUCUAGUAGUCUCCAGGCUUCUCAGGUACUUCCACCAACAACAUCGAAGAGUCUUGCAGCUACUCGGGUGCCUAAACCAAUAGAGACAAGCAGUAUCCAGACCACUCAAAUGCAUCCAGGCGCAGCAGCCAACUUCAUCCAGCCUCUUCAUCCUCUUCUACUCACAGAGUCUAGGAGUUUGUACACGACUCAAGUGCCUCCAGGAGUAGCAGCAUCCAGUAUUAAGCAGGCCCUUCCUUAUCCCGAAGUAAAAGCAUCUAGGAAUGUCCAGGAUCCUCAGAAGCCUUCAGCAACAACAUCUGGAAGUUUGCUGGCUCCAUGUGCAUCUUUACCAGGAGCAUCCAGCAGUCUUCUGGAUCCACGGGUGUGUUCAGCAACAGCUUCCCUUGUGCCUCAAGCAACAAAAAGCAGCAGUCUAUUUAGGUCACCAAGGAAAGGGAACAUACCAAAGGAGCCUUCUAAGGAAGAAGGGUAUCAGUGUGGUCCCAAAGAAGUGACAGUGCUGAAAGUAACAGAACCAUUUACUUAUGAUUUGAUUAAGGACAAAUGGAUGUUCCAUGCCACAGUGGCUACCGAGACUGAAUUCUUCAGACUGAAAGUUUAUGACAAAGCCCUAAAGAACAUGUUCAUUCCAAAAAAGAUCAUUGCAAUAUCAGAUUAUUUUGGACACAAUGGAUUUCUGGAGAUAUAUAACACUUCCUCUGUGUCUGAUGUGAAUGUUAACCAAACAAUGGUUAUCUCAAAUACACUGAAGCAAAGAGCCAAUGCAACUCCUAAAAUCAAGGAUCUUUUCUCACAAACAAAAGGGACAUAUGUGAAUGGAGAGUUUAUGGUAUUUAAGAAAAAUGAGAAGAAUAACUUAAUUUACUAUGGCAUUGAAGAUGAUACUGGGACAAUGGAAGUGGUGGUCUAUGGACGACUGACCAGUAUCAAGUGUGAGCCAGGAAAUAAACUGCAACUUGUCUGCUUUGAAUUGUCCUCGAGUGAAGACACAUGGCAGCUAAAGUCUGUUUUGCACAGUUACCUGAAGGUCAUCAAUGUCAGAAAGAAAGUCAAUCAGCCGUGAUUCAGCUAUGAAAACCUCUCUAGAACCAUACACCUGCAAAUCUGCAUGCCAAGGAUACUGUUAUGGACAUAUGAUCCAAGCCUAGAACAUAAAUAUACAUCUGUUGAAAUAUUGUACCUAUGAAAGCAAGCUAAUUUUUUUUUCAGUUUUUUUAGAUAGGCUUUCUCUGUUUAGUCCUUGUUGUCCUGAAACUCACUUUGUAGACCAGGCUGGCAUAAAACUCAAAGAUCCACUUGCCUCUGCCUGCCUCAUGCUGGAAUAAAAUACCUGUGCUACCCCAGCUCAGCCUUUUCUUAAUUUCUAAGAAAUGAUGUUUUCUAUUACUCUUUACACAUUUCUUUGUUAAUCUAAACUUUGUGUUUUUAUCUAUAACGUUUAUAAUUGGUAAUCUAUAAGUUUUAUAUAUAAACUUUAAAUAAAACACAUUUUCUGUAAA